AUGGCUUUCCUUGCUAAUUUCCUUAACAUUUUUGUCCUGCAUACAUGGUUUUUGUCGAAGAUUCAGGAUGAAUUUAAAGGUGGAAAAAUUAAUGUAGAAAAAACACAUAAAUUACUUGAAAAAUUAGAUAUUCAGUGCAAUUACUUUCAUGUGAAACAUAUUUUUAAGGAUAACGACAGACUGAAACAAGGAAAAAUCACAAUAGAAGAAUUUAGAGCAAUUUAUCGGAUCAUUGCACACAGAGAAGAAAUUGUUGAGAUUUUCAACACAUAUUCUGAAAACCGGAGAAUUCUUUUUGAAAGUAAUUUGAUUGAAUUUCUAAUACAAGAACAAUAUACAAUUGAAAAAGCUCAAAGUAUUGCUUCUGAGAUUAUUCAGAAAUAUGAGCCCAUUGAUGAAGUCAGAAAAGCACAUCAGAUGUCACUUGAAGGUUUCACAAGAUACAUACAUUCACCUGAAUGUCUACUAUUUAAAGAGGAGUGCACAAAAGUUUAUCAAGACAUGACUUAUCCAUUAAGUGAUUAUUUCAUUUCGAGCUCACAUAACACAUAUUUGGUAUCUGGUCAAUUAGUGGGACCAAGUGACCUUUGGGGAUAUACAUCUGAGUACCCGGUGGUCCUCUCUUUAGAAAAUCACUGCUCUCCUCCCCAGCAGGAAGUGAUGGCUGACAUUUUGCAGACUACUUUUGGAGAGUCCCUGCUUUCUGAUAUACUUGAUGAUUUUCCAGACAGCUUGCCUUCACCAGAGGCUCUGAAAUUCAAAAUCUUAGUUAAAAAUAAAAAAAUAGGAUCCUUAAAGGAGACCCACGAGAGGAUAGGCUCUGAUAAGCACGGUAAGGUCGAGGUGUGGGAAGAAGAAGAACUAGAAGCCGAGGAGGAAGAGGAGGAACUGAAGACCACAGAAGAAGAUUCCAGCACUUUUCCCAGGGACAGCCAAGGAAAGGAAACGGAAUCAAGGAAGGCACUUGGAGUAGCACUUUUUUCCAAGAAAAAGAAGACCAGGAAGCUAAAAAUAGCUCUGGCUUUAUCUGAUCUUGUCAUUUAUACUAAAGCUGAGAAGUUCAGAAGUUUUCAAUAUUCAAGACAAUACCAGCAAUUUAAUGAAAAUAAUUCUAUUGGGGAGACACGAGCCCGAAAAUUAUCCAAGUUGAAAGUUCAAGAAUUUGUUUUUCACACGAGGAAGUUCAUUACCAGAAUAUACCCCAAAGCAACAAGAGCAGAUUCUUCUAACUUUAAUCCUCAAGAAUUUUGGAAUAUAGGUUGUCAAAUGGUGGCCUUAAAUUUUCAGACCCCUGGUCUGCCUAUGGAUUUGCAAAAUGGGAAAUUUCUGGACAAUGGUGGUUCUGGAUAUAUUUUGAAACCACACUUCCUAAGAGAUACUGUAUCAAAAUUUAACCCAAAUACUUCAACAAAUGACAAUGAUCCAAUUGCAAUUACAAUAAGGCUCAUCAGUGGCUUCCAACUGCCUCUCAGUGGCUCCUCUUCUAACAAACUGGACACAUUGGUGAUUCUAGAAGUCUUUGGUGUUCCCAACGAUCAUACGAAACAGCAGACUCGUGUAAUUAAGAAAAAUGCUUUUAGUCCAAGAUGGAAUGAAACAUUCACAUUUAUUAUCCAAGUUCCAGAACUGGCUUUGCUGCGUUUUGUUGUUGAAAAUUCAGGUUUAAUAGCAGGAAAUGAAUUUCUUGGGCAAUAUACUUUACCAGUUCUGUGCAUGAACAAAGGUUACCGUCGAGUUCCUCUGUUCUCCAGAGCAGGCGAGAGUCUUGAGCCUGCUUCACUGUUUCUGUAUGUGUGGUAUGUCAAAUAG